AUGUCCCUCGACAAGUCGCUUCACAGUUCUCCCCGUCGUCCGUCAGACGGCACGCUCGCAUCAAUCCCGAACCCGCAGAGCCAUCCCGUGGGCGACUCGACGGCAGUCGACCUCACAGCACUCGACGACAAGAUUGUCAAGGACGUCGACGACGUCGUUGUCCCCGAGGACAAGAGCGAUGAUGAGACCUCUCCCACUCCUCCCCCCGUUGCAUCUCAGCGCAUGAAGUGGAUCCUUCUGUUCAUCUUUUCGCUGGCCUUCUUCAUCGAUGUCCUCUCCUACUCGGCCUUCUUCGUCCUCACGCGCGGCAUCGCCGUGGAUCUCAACAUCAGCUUCGAGAUGCAGUCCUGGAUUAUCACCAGUUACGCAGUCACGUUCGCCGCCUUUCUCCUCUUCUGGGGCCGCGUAUCGGAUCUCUACUCGGCAACAUAUGUGUUCACAUACGGUUUCUUAGCCCUCGGUAUCCUCAACCUCAUCAUUUCCUUCCUGCCGGAGAAAUACUCGUUCCUUGUUAUCCGCGCGCUGGCAGGAAUCGCCGGAGCCGGACUCAUCCCCUCGUCGUACAGGCUCAUCGCACACGUCUUCGCCCCACACGAACUCGCCAAAGCAUACACUCUAUACGGCAUGACUGGCGGCAUCUCAAAUGUCAUGGGCGUCAUUCUGGCUGGGUUUAUCGAGUACAUCCCGAACGGGGGACAGAUGAUUGCGUGGCGCUGGUUCUUCCGCAUCGUCGCCAUCAUCGUCAUCCCAUUCUCACUCCUCUCGCUCCGCCUCGUGCCGCUGCAGCACGGCGGCCUAGCUGCCGGCUCGUCUCGAUGGAAGCGCCUCGACGUGGGCGGCGCAUUCCUCGCCCUCGCCGCUAUUAUCAUGCUCAUCCUCGGCCUCACCCUUGGCGCCAGCCACGGAUGGCGUACCGCCGGCUUCCUCGUCCCCUUCCUUCUGUCCUUUAUUCUCUUCCCGACAUUCUUCGUAUACGAAGCUUACCUCGGGGAGGAACGUGCGAUGCUCCCAGCCAAGACCUGGCGCCUCCCCAACUUUGCCCUAUUCAUUGUCUUCUCGCUCCAGAUCUACCCGUGGUGGGGUGUCAACUUUCUCGGCUUGAUCGAAACUUGGAUGAGCAUCUACCACGAGCGCGCGAUCGUCGCAGCCGUUCGUACCCUCCCCGAAGGCCUGGUGGCACUAGUGAUCAGUGCCCUGCUGACGAUGGUUCCCAUCCUCGUCGCUCGUCCCCGCUGGACAGUGGCGACAGGCCAACUCUUUGGCGUGGUGGGAUACAUCCUCAUGACGCGCCCCACCAGCCUCGUCGGCAAAGACUACUGGCGCUUCAUCUUCCCAGGCAUGCUUCUCGGCUCGGCAGGUAACAUGGCCGCCUUCAUCGGCACAAACGUCGCUAUCAUGACCAGCGUGCCCGCCGAGAUGUCUGGUGUCACCGGCGCCGUCCUCCAGGUCGGCCUGCAACUCGGCGCUACCAUCGGCUUUGCGACACAAGCGGGCCUCCUCACCGUCAACGAGGGCGGUCUCUCCAACCCCGAGAACCUGCGUGCCAGCUUCUACUUCCAGCUCGGGUGGUGUGCGCUCUUCCUCAUCAUGUUCCUCGUCUUCUACCGCCCGUCCAAGGCGCAGGCUGCGUCCACUGCCGACGCCGCCGAGCAGGCGCGCCCCAUGGCCCAUUAG